AUGUAUUAUUUCCGGAAAAUAAAUCCACACAAAGGCAAAAUCUUCAAUAGUCCUGAAGGACAUGAUGUGUAUGAAGGUGUUCGUAUCGACUACAAAAGUAUAGAUGUGACCCCAGAAAAUUUUAUAGCAGUUCUUCUUGGAGAUAAGGAAAAAACUGGUGGAAAACGAGUUCUAGAAAGCACAAAAAACGACAAAGUUUUUAUUUACUUCACUGAUCACGGUGCUACUGGAUUAAUUGGAUUUCCAGGGGAUAUUAAAUAUGGAGAAUUAACCUUCUAUUUGGAAGCGUGUGAAUCUGGCUCUAUGUUUGAUGAACACAUGCCGGAAAGUUUGAAAAUUUAUGCAAUGACCGCAGCUAAUGGGCACGAGUCAAGUUGGGGUUGUUAUUGCAACACAAAAAUUCUCCCAGACAAUUGUUUGGGUGAUCUGUUUUCGGUCAAUUGGAUGGAUGAUUCUGACAAAGAAAAUUUACUGCAAGAAACAUUAGCUAGACAAUUCAGAAUAGUGAGGCGGAAAACAGACAAAAGUCAUGUUCAAAGCUUUGGAAGUUUGAAUAUUAAACACGAACAUGUGUCUGAGUUUAUGGGAUCGAAGGAACCCAAAAAGACGAAAAAAAAUGUAAAAAUAAUUUUUAAAUUAAUUUUGGAUUUUCUAGUUGUUGAGUAA